AAUGGCGCGCUCCCCGUCUUGGCUCUUGCUGCUUCCUCUUGUCACCGGCUCACGCCACGCCGAGUCGCCACGAGUUCCCUGCCCCGCUGCAGAGCCGCCCGAGGUUGCCGACAUCACGCCCCUCGAGUUUGACGCGGCUCUCCAGGCGGCGCGUCGGCGGCUUGGAGAGGCGUGCGAGACCGAGGCGGCGCUGGCAGAGGCGUCGCGAGUGCUCAACGACGAGCCAGGCUUCGAGCCUCUCCCGAGCGCGUGCGGCGAGCCUGCGGGGAGCGCUGUCGCCGUCGGCUGGCUUCCAGAAGACGCGGCGCCGCUCCUGCAACACGAAGUGGUGAGGGAGGCGGGCUGGGAGGUGCUGCCGACACAGCGGCUCCUGCGGCCGUCUCCGUCGGCGCCGCUUCCAGCGUGGGCUUCCGACGUGGCGCGCCGCGUCUGCGCCUCCUGCAACUUGCCGCCGCCCGACUCCUUUGAGGUGCACGCCUGCGAGGCGGGGCAGCAGGCGGCGGCGCUGCGGCUCGGCGGCACCUCUGAGACGGUGGCGAUCCUAUCGCUGGGAGAGGUCGCUUCGCUCGUAUCGCCGUCGCCGGAGUUUGCGCCCCUCGCGCUCUCGCACCGCUCCCUGCUGUUGUUGCAGCCCCGCGCCGCCGGCCGGCAGGGUGAGAGGACGGCGGUCGCGCGGCGGCGGCUGCAGGCGUCGGGCAGGCACCUCGCCAUCGUCUUUCGGUUUGGCUCGAAGGAGGCGAGGUGAAGGGGAAGGAGGAGAGCGGGACGGGGGGGCAGGAGAAGAGCAGCGAUGGGCAUCGAAGAGACAGCACAGCGAUCACACGCGUGUGUUCCAGCUUCCACUGUGUGUGUGUGUGCUGUGCGCAUGUUUUUGCGACUUGUGAGU